GGAGGAUUCCCGCUACCGUGACCAAGGACUCGGCACUGUUAUUGUGCCGGCCUGGAAUUAUGUCGGGCUGGUUCACUCUCUUCACGAAUUGCCGCUACGUCCUCAAUGGCGAGCUUGUUGAGGAUCACCUCGUCAUCUCAGACGAGACGGGCCUGAUCUUGAAAAGAGAAGGGUACAUUGGCGGCGAAGCCGUAGAUUUGGAUGACAAUAUCAUCGCUCCUGGAUUCUUGGAGCUUCACACGAAUGGUGCCAAUGGUUUCCAUUUCACCCAUUUUGACGAUGAAAAGAGCUACUCGAGUAAGAUCGACGACAUAGCAGGAUACUAUGCGAGUCAGGGUGUGACGGGCUUCUGGGCGACGAUACCUACAGUGAAGGGUGAAGACUUCCAGAAGAUACUCCCCUCUCUCAAGCCGCGCUCAAUAUACAAGUCCGCCUCCCUCCUCGGAGCUCAUGUGGAAGGGCCUUAUCUACAUCCAUCCAAGAAGGGUGCACACACUUCUUCGCUCUUUCAAGCAUGCACUACUUCACCAAAUUCCAUCUACGGCACGAGUAACCUUGAAGACUGCGUCAAGCUCGUGACUCUCGCUCCUGAACUUCCACACUCGGCGGAACUCAUCAAGACAUUAACGUCACAGGGCAUCAAGGUCUCCAUGGGCCACUCCACCGCCUCGUAUGAGGAAGGACUACUCGGAAUGCGGGCUGGCGCCACCGGCUUAACGCAUACACUGAACGCCAUGCCAGCUCUUGCAUCCCGAGCACCAGGACUCGCUGGCCUAAUAUCCCUCCCUAGAACGCACAACCCGACACCACCUUACUACUCCAUCAUCGCAGAUGGCGAGCACCUUCACCCAUCCACUGUCUCCAUCCUCCACCGCUCCAAUGCCAGACGCUCAAUCCUUAUAACCGAUAGUAUAGAGCUCGCAUCCCUCCCGGACGGCACACACCCCGGCCACUCUCAGAUUCCCUUUGAACAAGUCAAAAGCGGUACACGAGUGACAAUCGCAGGCACGGAUACAUUGAUUGGAGGGUGCAUACCACUCCAACAGAGUGUGAGGAACUUGAUGAAAUGGUCUGGGUGCGGGAUUGCCGAGGCGGUGGGCACGGUAACGGAGAAUGUGGCAGCUUUCAUGGGGAUUAAUGAGAAAGGUGGGAGAGGUGUGUUGAAGGAAGGGAGGAAGGCAGAUUUGACGGUGCUCAGUGAGCAAGGGGAGGUGUUGCAGACAUGGAUUAACGGAAGCAAGGUGUGGGACAAGGAGGAAGAAAUACGAGCACGAGAGGAUGACGGAGAGACGAGGGGCUAGUCGGUCUUCUCAUACGGACAUGGAGCAGAUCCUCGUGUGUUUAUAUCAUACAGUUACUGUCCUCCCUAAUCCGUCUGUGAUUCAUCUCGAAGAGUUUGUUGUUCAAUACCGCGGAAAGGGUUUAAGACCGUAGUAGUUCAGCGAGCCCAGUGUCAAAUUGCGUCCUUCAGAAUCGUGCGUACAGGGGUUGGAAACAACAGACGAUGGUGAUUCGUAUGAUACUUCGAGUUGAUAGCAAUCGAAAUCCUUGUGCUUAUCCUC